GUUCGCAGUUGAAAAGGUUCAGUGUUGAAGCGCGAGUCAGGCGCUCGGGUGCCCAGGAUAGCUCGUCGGCAUCGCCAAAGUGGAUUCCCCCGCGGCCAGGACUUCCCCCCCCGCCUCGCCCUCCAAGAGUGAGGCGGCGGCAGGAGGAGGCAUGGCGACCUCCGAGCCCCCCCCGCAGCCUCCGCAGGGAGAGCUCCAGCCGCAGGAGGAUGAGGCCGCGACGCCCCACGACCGUCUCAUCACGACGCAGCCGACGAUCUCCACGUGGACGGACGGCCGCACCACUACCACCUCCGCCGCCAUGUCGCGCCCGCGCUUUUCCUGCAAGCCCAGCGACAUCAAGCAGGCCAUCCGCAACAACCUGCUGCCCAUCCUCACCAUCUCGGGCGUCACGGGAGGCAUCGUCCUCGGUCUUAUCCUCAGGUACUCCCGCAGCGAGCGAUGGACGAAGCGCGAGGUGAUGUACGUGGGCUACGUCGGGGAGCUGUUCCUGCGCGCGCUCAAGGCCCUCAUCAUCCCUCUCAUCGUCUCCUCGCUCGUGUCGGCCAUCGGCUCGCUGGACCUGUCGCUGUCUAAGAAGAUCGGGCUGCGCGCGAUCGCCUACUACCUGACGACGACCGUGUCCGCCGUGAUCCUGGGCAUCAUCCUGGUGGUGAGCAUCCACCCGGGCAAGGGCAACGACGACGAUAUCACCAAGGCGGGCGAGGCCAAGGCCUCCUACACUCCGGACCUGCUCAUGGAUCUGCCCAGAAACCUGUUCCCGCCGAACUUGAUCCAGGCCUGCUUCGAGACGCACAAGACGAGCAUCGUGAAGCCUGUCCUGGAGCCCAAUGACUCAAGGAUAGACCGAUGGGAGGAAAAGUAUAAUUGGACCCGGAAUGACAGCACAGCCUUGCUCCCCAAGGAGGAGUGGGACAUCAAGAUGGAACACUCCCGCGCCCUCAACAUCAUGGGCCUUGUGAGCUUUGCCACAGUGCUUGGCCUUGCCCUCUCAAAGCUCGGCCCCAAGGGGAAGCCUCUCCUGGAUGUGUUCCACUCACUCUCCGAUGCCUCCAUGGUCAUCACCUCUUGGCUUAUUUGGAUCUCACCUAUCGGUAUCCUCUUCCUUGUGGCUUCCAUGAUGAUUGAGAUGGAAGACUUCAGCGUCAUGCUUGGUCAACUUGGUCUCUACUUCGGAACAGUAGUCUUGGGCAUCUUCAUUCACGGCCUGAUUAUCCUGCCCACCAUCUACACACUGCUCACAAGAAGGCUCCCCUUCCGCUUCCUGGCCAACAUGACUCAGGCCUACAUUACAGCCUUUGCAACUGCAUCCAGUUCAGGAACCCUGCCUGUGACCUUCCAGUGUCUUGAGGAGAAGAACAAGAUAGACACCCGAGUGACCCGAUUCGUCAUUCCCAUCGGAGCCACCAUCAACAUGGACGGCACAGCCCUGUACGAGGCAGUGGCUGCCAUUUUCAUUGCCCAAGUCAGAGGCAUGGCACUCACAAUUGGCCAGAUUGUUGCUAUCAGUAUCACAGCCACUGCAGCAGCUAUUGGAGCAGCUGGUAUCCCACAAGCUGGUUUAGUUACCAUGGUGAUGGUGCUUGAUGUUGUAGGUCUCCCAGCUGAAGACAUCACUCUUAUCAUUGCUGUUGAUUGGUUACUGGACCGAUUCCGUACCUUGAUGAAUGUUCUUGGAGACAGCAUUGGUGCUGGAAUUGUGUACGAAUUGAGCAAGAAGGAACUGGAGAAAAUGGGAAAUGUCAAUGCAAAUGGAGAUGUGGAAAGGCCAUCCAACGAAAUUGCUAUGGACACAGUAGAGUCAAGCAAAAUGUGAGAUUUUGUGCAUGCAAAUGCCCAGGUAGAUAAAACAUGUUCCAGCUCUGCCAUUCCUCUCACCUCCAGACUACAGGACAAUCCCUGUAGCCCACCAAAGGAGUCUACACAGAGCUAGACAAAAUCAACAUCUUCCCACAUGAAACACUUUUGUAGACUGGUGUUCCAAAGAAGGUGCACAAUGACCCCAAAAUACAAGAGAAGGUUCAGAGUGCCCUCUCUUGGCUCUCCACAAAAUUCAGGUACCCUUUUUAGGGAGCCACACUUCAUAAUGUAUAGUUGAGGUUUUGUAAUAUAGGAGGCAAAAUGCCCUUGGGUUUAUAUCUGAAUAAUGAUUGCAGUAUCUAAGACUUCCAUAUUGUAUAAUUAUAAGAUUUCAACAACAACAAAUUAUUCUUAGAUAGGAUUACUGUUAAUUUGUUUGAUGACAUGUGGUACAUGAAAAAAGGAUUCAGUAGCUGUUUUUUUUUCCUCAUUACUGCAUUAUUCAUGGCCAGCUUGUUGUGCAGUAUUGCCAGUGAUUUUUCUUUUUUUGUUUUUAUUAAUAUGGUGCUUUAUUCACAGGUUUUUGUAUGUUAUUUCCCAUCACACAACCAUUUUUGUAAAGUUCAUUUUAUGUUUACUUACAUUCUCCACAAUCAUUUAUAUGUAUGAUUUCACAUGCUCUGUCAGUUAUUGUCUGUGUCCACAGUAAUGACUUCAGACUUUACAUUGAUUACUUCUUGUAUGUUUUUCAGUCACUGGCAAGUGAAAUCAUAUCAUUGUUUUAGCACAAAACCAGAGCACAACUGUUGUACAUAAAGUAAGUGCAUUUAUUGUACAUCAAAUGACAAUAUUGAUAGAGAUAGUAUUUGGUAUUGUAUAGAGCAGUUUUGUAAUCGUUGUCUUGUUGGAAAGUCUACAGAUAUAUAUUUGUUGUAAAGUAGUGGAGUCGACCUCCAUGGCUGUCUGUGUUGAUGUCAGUUGUCAAAACAUGAUUUCCUUUUUCAAUUCAAAUGUGUAGAUAUGAGAUUUUUUUCCAUGUAAUUUCAGGGUUAAAGAUCUUUGAAAAAUAGUUCAUUCAUAAAGGAAUAAGUUUAUAUAGAUGUGUUUUUUUGUUGUUGUUUUUUUGAGACUGAAGUAGGGCAUCUUUUAAAAGCCAUUGUUCUGCCUGCAUUAUGAAUAAAGUCUGCAUUAUCUUCUGUUAUUUUCAUAUUAUGUGUUGCUAAAAACAAGUAUUCAUCAAAGAAUCUAAACCAUCUCUUUCAUUACCCAAAAAAUAUCAAAUCAAAUAUAGAACACAAGCAGUCUUUAAACCUUUCCUUUAACAAAAAAAAAAAAAAAGAGAAAAUCAAAGGAUACAAAGAAUAAUUUGUACAUUGGUUUUGCAGAAAUGGCUCACCCCAAUGCUUUAGUUGAUGGCAUCCAGUGUAAAUUUGCAGUGAAAUGUACAAAACUGUAUUUUAGCUUUUCCUUCCCUGGGGACAUUGCCAUUGUAUAUUACCAUAGCUUACAAUAAUGUAAUAUUCUUGAGGGUAAUUUAUGAUGGAACUAUCAAAAGAUUUCCUUAUAUACAAUUUGCAUGUGUCUGUGUGUGUGUGUGUGUACUACAUGCAUAUGAUUUCCUCAUUUCUAUGCAUGUGUGUAUUUAUGCUGUUAUAGGUGUAUAUAUGAUGCUCAUACACAGACACAAAUAUGUGUAGAAUGUGCCCAAUAAUGAUGGAUAUAGAAUGAUAAAGAGCAAAGAGUAUGCAAUAAAUACAUUGCUUAUGAAAUUCAACAAAAUGUAGAAAUAUGAAUUCACAGAGGAAAUAAAAACCAAAGAGGUAAAUUGGAGCUAGCACUAUUAUCACAAAAUCCCUUAUUGUUGUAAUUGAAGAAAAUAUUAUAUUUAAUCAUAAUAUUAUUAAUAUCUUUGCUGAUAAUCAAGUUUCUUUAUUUAACUUUAAGAUUUCUCAUGUCUUGUGGAAACUCAAACAACUAGACUAAGUUUUCCUGUAAAUAGUGCCAUAAUUGUGGAUAGCAAGCAUUUAUAAAGGGCAUUCCAUUGUUUGAAAAACAUUUGUCCUUGAAAUCAACCAUUUCCUGUUUUCAUGUCAGUAGGAGAAACAAAAAAGAUGAAAUACAAUGUGCUUGCAAAGGGGAGUUCUCUCACUCACUCUUUCUCUUUCUCUCUCUCUCUCUCUCUCUCUCUCUCUCUCUCUCUCUCUCUCUCUCUCUCUCUCUCUCUCUCUCUCUCUCUCUCUCUCUCUCUCUCUCUCUCUCUCUCUCUACUGUCUUAUUGAUAGCAAUUUUAGAUCAUUGUGUCCUCACUAAGAUAUGAAAAAAGAACAGCAUCAUUCAGAUAUUUGAUUUUCUUUUUGGAACUGCAGACAGUUUAGGUAAAUCCUUUGUCUCAUUUUGUGCAACAUCUUUGAUUUUGAAAUUUCAAUAAUUUGAUAAUAUUUCAAAUCAUUCAUUUCUCAUGCAGCCCAAAACAUGAUUUUUAUCAAUAUGAUGAUUUGAUGUCAAAGCAUUUUAUUUUCUGUGAGGAGAAAUAAUAUUCAAUAAUAUUUCCUUUAAUGCUACUUUCUCCAUAACUUUUUUUUUUUUUUUUUUUUUUUCUUUUUUCUUUUUUUUACUUAUCUGACUUGAUAGAGUAGAAUGCAUGAUGUAAGGUUACCAGAAUGAAUGGAAUAUUCUUCAAAUCAUGUAAAGCAUAAUUUAAUCCUAGCGGACCAAAUAUCUCAGACUAUGAUAGUUGAAGCUGAUACUAGAUAAAUGGCGUGUAAAGUGAUAGACAACAGUGCUUUUGUUCGCAAAGUAAAGUGUGAACUAGCUUAAGUACUUUAUUAAAAUAUUGAGGGCCAGUAUGAAGACAAAAGACCCAUUUGAUGUGCAAAUAAAACAAAAAUGAUGAUAAUAAUUUUAUUUCAAAUCAGCUGUAUCUUAAGCUCAAACUGCAGUGUAAGUAAUAAAUUUACAAUGUAAGAAA